GCAGAUAUUUCUGAAUUUCUGAAAACACAGAAAUGCUCAGUUGAUUACUGCGUUUCCCGUUGUAGCUCCACGCUAUAUAAAUAACUCAUAUACAUACGCCCCCUCCUAUACGUAAUCAUAGAAUAUCUGUGUAUAUGAUAAACAUAGUAUACAUUACAAAUUAUAUAAGAUAAGGAAUUGUUAUUAAAUCGUAAAAGUUUACACAAUUUACGUAAUGAUAUGCCUUUAGUAUAUAAAAUAUAUGCAGGAAGUUUUUUAGGGUUAUCGCUCAUUGCGAUAAAACACGGGAAAAGCGGGCUUUUCCUAACUCCACACUCGAGUAACAACCGUUGAUGGAGAACGGCCAAUACUCAUCAAUAUUUUCUUCUCCUACAUCUCAGUUUGUUAAUCAGUUAGUCGACAUUUAACCUUGUUAUCUCUAAAACUCAGACAGAAAGCAUCUCAGAGCGUUUUGUGUAAAGUUGUCAUAAAAGCAAAAGUAAAUCAUAUCAAAUUUGACAAUAAUUUUGUACUCCGUACAUGGUAUUAUUCUGUGAUAAAUAUUUACCCUAAAAAUGUCACGACUUUAAAAAAAAAUAGAACAUAGAAGACUGUUCAGUAUACGAUGAACUUCAGCAACUGAAAACGGCAUAGAAGCACAUGAAAAGCUAUUUACAACCGAAUCAGAGUUGAAUUUUAUUUAUAAAUAACCGUUCACGUCCAGGGUAAAAAGGAAAGAAAUUAUCGUUAAACGGCAUAUAAUGAAAGAACAAGUAAAAACGGAAUUUAACAAAUACGGCAAAUAGAUGCAUUUAUUGCUCUGCUAUAUGCCCGAGGUGCAUAUCAGACAAAGAAUUUAGAUAUUUCAUAUUUGUGGAAUAAAACUCGGAGACCUGCAUUUUUUUCAAAAACAAUGAGCAGGAAUGACUUUGCUGAAAUUAUGAGGUUAAUUUGAUUAGAAGAGCGAAAGAAGCCAACAUUUACGAACCAUUAAAUUUGCAAUGGUAUCUACAGCGUGGGUUAGGUUCUUAUAGAGAAUUCACAGAAUUGUUAUAAACCUGAUGCAUACAUUACUUUUAUAUAAAGAAUCGCGGGAAAAAACCAUGCAAUAAAACUAUCAACAAGUUUAGAUUAAUUACUACAAAAAACUUGUCAAGUAAAAAAUUGUAAAGGUUAGAAAAUUAUGAACAUUUAUUUAAGAUGCAGGAAAUAUGUAUUGGAAAUAUGAUAAUAAGAUAAUUUGUAAAACAGUUGAAUAAGAUAUGUCUCUAUAUAAAUAAAAGUGUAAUUUUAUUUAAGUCUAUAAUUGAAAUUAAACAAAAGUAAAUUUCGACGAAAUUAUAUGUAAGUUCACCAUUUUAUAUACAUUUAGUUAUAAAUUAAUCAUUAUCUAAAUUAAAUCAUAAAAACUAUUACUUCUUUAAUCACCGGUCAUUUUAACCGCACGAAGUGUCAGUAGGUUUAGUGUUAAUCCCAUGAUAUACUUUGAAUUGAUAUUUAUAUAAAUAUAUAAAUAUUUCAAAUGCAAAAUAAUUAUUCUUUGAAAAUUAUUUCCCAAAAUAUUAAAUCACAAAUGUUUUUGAAAAAUGAAAUCGUUAUAAAAUAAUUCGUUAUUUCAAAUAUGUAAUAUUUCAGAUAGUGUUAAUUCGUUCAUGUUUCAUAUUCAUAAUUCAAACUCCUAAAACUGUAUUCAUAUCUCUCCAGGUUUGCCCUGAAGCAGAUGCGCUGGAGUAUCGAUUUCCGUGUUUUCAUAGCCAGUCAUUGCUUUCUAUCAUUUUACAUAUGUAUAGCAAAUUCAUCAGUCGGUAAAUCAUUAACCGGAGAAAAUUAAUUAUAAAUUUUUAGGAUCAUGUUAAAUUUCUAUCUUUGGUCAACAUAAAUUAUCGAAGAUCAUGCGAAUUACAAUGUUUGUAUAAACUAUUGUAUAAACCAUUAAAAUUAAACAGCUCUAUAUAUUGAACAUUUUUUAAAAACUAAUUGAGUGAGAAUAAUGAAUUAUUCACAUUGAUAUAUCUUUAGAAAAUCUGUAUGUCCAAUCUAAGUCGAGAAGUUUCAUAAGGAAAUGUUAGUAAAUUGUACUACGAGAAAUACUGGCCCUAUACCAGCGUAUGGUACAACGAGGUAUAGUGGAGUAAUUAAUUUGGAGGAAAAUGGCAAUAAAUACUUUAUCAAUUCUCCACGCAACGCGCAUAUUGGACUUUUACCGCCAUGCACGAAGACAGAUAAGUGGUCAAAGAAAUCGAGAAACAAUAGAGCUAUAAGAAAGGAAGACGGCGUGUGCAGAAAUUCCACAGAAUCUACUAUUCUAUCAAUUUGUGGAACCAUCAGGAAAGAAAGCAGUCAUUGUACAUGUAAGGACGAAGCGUCAUGUAUCUGCUUAGAAAACGAAAGAAAAUUAAAAUCGUUGAGCGAAGACUGUUCAGAUUGUUGCACGAAUUGGAAAGAAAUUCAAAAAUUGACAGAUACUUCUGAAACGAAAUUAACAGAUUCAUUCGAGAAACUGCUUAAUUGUGUAGAAAAUGAUGGAGACACAAGCAUGUAUCUAGAUCUAUUUGAACCUCAUCCUAGAGAAGAGCAACGAAUAAAAGGAAAAGAUUCGAUACCGCUUGGAUACGAUAUGACUUUAAUUCUUCCGCAAUGUGUUUGCUUAAAAAAUUAUCAAGAAACCAAACAAAUCGAAAAUGAAAGUGAAGAUACUAUUCGUGAUGAAAAAUCUGAAACUAUAAAUGACUUAAUAUGUGCGCCUAGUAUUAUAGACCUUUCGUGGAAUAUAAUGCAAUCUGGAAUGAUUGAGAAAAUACCAGAGAAAUACACAACCAAUAUUUUUGAGAAUGAAAAGAAAGAGCCAAUAGGUACAGAAGUAUGUUCUAAUGUCCAAACAAACGUAUGUACAGAAGGAAAUUCUCAAACAACAUACUGUUUGCAUAAAGCAUUUUUGGAAAAGAUAAAUAAAUCAUAUUUUUCGAUGUAAUUGAUAUGAACAGUUUAUGUAUAACAUAAAAUAUUAAUAAUGUUAUUUAUAAAAUAAUAUUUUGCAUUGAGAUAAUUAUUUGG